ACACAAGUUGGUUUGUGCCAUUGCAAGUUACGGGGGCUGAGCAGCUCCACAACUAACUGCUAUCAACAAAUAAUUCAGGGCAGAAUUGAAAGGUCAUCAUUUCCAUUGCGUGUUGCCGAGUGUUGUGUUGCGGAUAACUAUAGAAUUUCAGCGUGGAAGUUUCACAAGAGCAAUUGGCUGAAUGCUGAGCCGCUCAACUGCGCAGCUAUCCUGUUGUUGAUCGGGUGUGCAAUGCCACUUGCAUUGUUGUGCUGCUCACUGUCGCCAUGACCAUGACCAAAAACACUGGCAACGCUCAGUUGCCUCCCACUGGCUUCAUCAAUGGUAAAACUACCACCGCUAAAAAAGACGCCAAAAACUCGAAGAAAAAGGCUAAUGACACACCAGAUCUAAGCAGUGUCCGACACGUGAGCCUGCACCGCGGCAACGAAGGACUGGGCUUCAACAUCGUUGGUGGUGAGGAUAGUGAGGGCAUCUUCAUAUCGUUCCUACUAGCGGGUGGUGUAGCCGACUCUUGUGGUCAGCUCAAGAGAGGAGACCAGAUACUCGCUGUCAACAACAUCGAUCUCCGGCAUGCGAACCAUGAACAAGCCGCUCAGACUCUCAAGAAUGCCGGCCAGGACGUCACGUUGACAGUUCAGUACAAGCCUGAGGAAUACAACAGAUUUGAGGCUAAAAUUCACGACUUGAAACAGCAAAUGAUGUCCGGCACCUUACGCACCACACAGAAAAAGCAGCUCUACGUCAAAGCGCUGUUCGACUACGACCCCAGCAAGGACGACGGCCUGCCUUCACGUGGUCUGGCGUUCAGUCACGGCGCCAUCCUGCACGUCGUCAACGCAUCAGACGACCAGUGGUGGCAAGCCAGGAGGGUCAAGCCUGACGGCUCUGAAGAAGGCAGCGGCAUCAUCCCUUCCAAGACGCGAUGGGAGAAGAAGCAGCGAGCGCGGCUUCGCUCUGUCGCCUUCCAGGGCAAAACUUCGUCCAAUACAGACGCUAAUAAUAGGCAAUCCACUCUGGAACGCAAGAAGAAACCUUUAUCAUUCACUAAAAAAUUCCCCUUGUUCAAAAACAAGAGCAAAGACGAAAAGUCCGAGGAUGGAUCUGACAAUGAACUGGAGAAUUAUGAAGCAUCUUCGUGCGUUACUGACGGCGACAGCGAGACGCGCAGCAUACGAGGGCCAUGUGACGACCUGCACGUGGUAUCAUACGAGGGCGUACAGCAAGUAACCGUCAACUACACGCGGCCGGUCGUGCUGCUAGGGCCCCUCAAGGACAGGAUCAAUGAUGACCUCAUCGCUGAAUUCCCGGACAAGUUCGGAUCUUGCGUCCCACACACAACGCGUCCGAGACGAGAGUACGAGGUGGACGGACGCGACUAUCACUUCGUGACAUCACGCGAGCAGAUGGAGGCCGACAUACAAAACCAUCUCUUCAUCGAGGCUGGCCAGUACAACGAUAAUCUCUACGGCACUUCGGUGGCGUCCGUCAAAACCGUCGCCGAAAAGGGAAAGCACUGUAUACUCGAUGUGUCCGGCAACGGCAUUCGACGGCUGCAGGUUGCCCAGCUCUACCCUAUCGCCAUCUUCAUCAAACCUAAGUCGGCUGAACAAAUCAGAGAAUGGAACAAACGCGUGACGGAGGAACAAGCCAUCAAGACGUUCGAGCGCGCCUUAAAAAUCGAAUCCGAGUUCGGGGAGUACUUCAGUGGCGUCGUCAUGGGUGACACUCCCGAAGAAAUUUACGCUAAUGUUAAACAGCUUCUGGUCCAGCAUGACGUGCCCAAUAUCUGGAUACCGUGCAAGGAAGUGCUUCCUUCUUAAGCCUCUUCUUUAUUUAAUUCGUAUCGAUCGCUUCCAUCUAAUCGCACCUCGACUUGAUGCUUCACUUUUCAUCAACUUUCGUCAACUCGGAUAAGCUUGGACGCAAGACUGCACUUGAACUGUUGAGCACAGCGCACUAGAGAUAAUUUGGUUGUAAAAUGAAACUAGUGCAAAAAAAUUAUUCUGGGAGAUUCCAGCGAACCUUGUGUGUGCACAUUAAUUCAAAUGUUGAUCAUUGUUCUCCAAAUAUUGGUUGAGUGAUAGAAGCAUCCCUAAAGUAUGUUCUGAAUUAGUUAUUCUCGAAAUGCUGUCGAGCUUGAUAUUGUGUCACGAAGUUUGUAGUUUGGCGUGAAGUUCACUCCCAUGAAACUUGCUGUUUGGAUCACAGAUCUGUACUUGCAUAAAUUAAUAUGAGAUUCAUGAUGGGGUUUUCGACGAGGUUUUAUUCGCCACUAGAUAUUUUAGACUAUUAUCUUCGUGAAAAAUAUGGGUGUAAUUUUUAUUGUUUGAAAGUUACUGGGGAAAAUAUUCAAACACAAUUUUUACCUUUGACCAGAGCCUGUCUUCAUGGUUCCAUUAAAUUUUUAAUAUAAAUCUUAGACCAACUAUUAAUGACUUCAGCUUCUCUGAAUAACUUAAUCGCUUUGUUAUGUAACUAAAAUUUUUUUCCACAGCUAUUUCACUUUGUAUACUAUAUUUCUUAUACUUUAAUUUUUUACAGAUACCAAUGGUACCUGUUCUGCUGUUCUUCUAUCAUGGGUUCGAUUCUUGAAAUUUAUCCAUAGAUCUACUGCAAGAAUGCUUCUGUUUUUGUUGUAAUCGAAACCAGUAGCUGCCAAUUAUUACCUAUUACAUUUCCGUCUCAUAGCCCCUCAUGUGAUUUCAUGGACAGCAUUUAUGAUCAACUCCUCGAGUUGUUAUUUUCUUGUCGCCCAAGAAAUGUGCUACGUGAUUAUUCCGGAACAUAGAUGCGGUCACCGCUUUCUACCGAAAAUCUGUCUCCAUCAAAUAAAUCUGACAGGGAUAACUAUUUUUCGUGCAUUUAGAACUUUUUUGAUUUUCAACAUUGACUUAAGAUCUUGAGAGUUUAGGACGCUGAAAAUGUUUCCAUGGAUUUUAACGGACCACGAUGCAUCAACAAAUUGAUGUUGAUUGGAUAUGUAG